ACAAAAGUCAACGAAAUAGUUGCCGCCGAUCGCCGUUGACUAGAAGUACGCAAAAGUAAAAAGUGAAAAUUAUAAACCGCAAACUUAGAAAUCAUAAAAGAGAAAACUUUGUUGAUUUAACAGGUGCAAAAUAUUUAUAGUUACAAGUGCUUUACGAUUCAUUUAAAUUCUGUAUAAUGAUGUCAACAACAGAGGGAGAAUUGGACAUAGAAAUAUCUCAUGAAAAGGAAGAUGGCGAGUUGGAUGACUCUGAUGUAGAAGAGGGGACUUAUAUACCCCUGGAGCGCCCGGAGGUUUUUAACCCGCCAUCACUUAUAAACAUGCAAAUACAGGAUGAGCAAAGUGAUGAAGCUUCACUUGCUGAAUCUUCAGGCUCAGAGUCAGAUGAAGAGCCAAGACGUCGUGCAAAGCGUACUAAAGUGAGGCCACGACGCCCACAACAACAACAAUCUGGCCGCAACAAUAAAUACAAUAUAUGGUGUCAAACACUACAGGAAGACCUUUUGACUGAGGACAUGGGCACUUGUGAUGUUUCAAAGAAAAGCAGAUAUGGUGUUGAAUCUUAUGAUUACACUAUUAAGUAUAGAUUAGAUGAUAAAUAUAUUUCUAAGAAAGUAUUUUCAAGUAGUGAUUAUAACCAGACAAAUAAGAGAAAGUAUUCAGAUAGAUCGAAUGUAAAGUUAAGAUUGGGGAAAAGAGUUAACAGCCACCAGCCUGUAGAGGAGAAACAAGAGCCAAGAUUUUUACCAGACCUUGUUGUCACAUCAGAAGAUUCUAUUGCUAACCUUGCAGCAGAUAUUGCUGAAAAGCUAGGUGAAGAAAAGAAAGAUUUAGUUGCUAGAAUUGUAGAAGUGCUUGGUGCCAGUAAGGCUAUUGAAAUUUAUCAAGAGACACAAAAAGUUGAGUCUGAAGGGGGAAUGCUGGUAAUGAAUGGUACACGUCGACGUACACCAGGUGGUGUUUAUUUCUUUCUGUUGAAGAAACAUGAUGAUGUGUCACAGGCUAUGAUAAAUCAGAUAUUUAAUGAAGACCGUAAAGAAACGACACGAAAAAUUAAAAAGAAGCGUGCUAAGAGUCGUCAAAAAGUAAUGGAACAAUUAAAACAAAGUCUAACAGAUUCUGAACUACCAUCUCUUCUUUCAAGAGGAGAAGCAACCGUACAAACUGAACAUGGUUCAAAUCCACCACCAUCUCCAGCUACAGAUGCUCGAGAAUGUUCAAGCGACACUGACACUCAUACCGAGCAUGAGCAGCAACCAUCACCUAUUAGGCCCUCAUCACCAAUACCUGAUACUCGACCAAUACAAGCCUAUGAUGAUGAUGAUUACCUUGAAGUGAUGUGUAAUGAUGAUAUGGAUAUGCUCUGAAGUAUUGUGAUAUGUGAUUAAGUGUUGUUAAUUAUGAGCAUCAUUUGGUAUUAUGAACGUACCAUUAAAAGUGCUAGAUGCUUAAAUUAUAAAUGCAAUAGUGCUAUAAAUAGUUAUGAUAUGCCCCAAAAUGGAAAGUAAAUAACCAAUUUAUAUUGUUUGAUCUGUUUGUUAUGUUUUAUCGAAAGUGACAUAAUUGUAUAGUUAAACUAGUUAAAUUUAUUUCACACUUGAGUUGCGAUGUUUCCAUUAUAAGUAACAAUGAUCUGAUCAGGUCAAUGACAUAGUUCAGACAAUUUUGAUAGAAACUUAUUAAAUUAAAUGGCUGCUACAAUAUUUCUCAUUUUUGCAUGGCUUGAGCACCAAUAUGGAGACAAACUUAUUUAAAUAAUUUUGUUGGUUAUAUCUUCUUGGUUUUGGUAUGGUUGUUAUCAAUGAAGGCUAUGUUGUGCUAGGCCAUUGAUGCUAGAAUGAAAUGAGCAGAGUAUUGUUACUGUGCAACUAUCAGGCUGUGAUUUUUCUACUGCGGCCCAUUUGCCUGCCUUAGAACUAGUUGUCAAGUGCUAUUAUUUGUACAUUGUUACAUGUAAAAAUAAUACGAACUAAGCAGUAAUAUUACAUGUCUGUGUAGAAUAAAAUGUGUACCAUAAAUAAGGAUUAAAUUUUAGACACACUACUUUUAACACUACUGUUUUCUUAUUCUGAAUUCUAUAUCCAAUCUACCAGUCACAUUUCAUUCAAAACAUGUUAAAUACUAUGAUAACAACUGGUA